AUGGACAACUCGACCGCUAUCAUUAUACCGAGUCCGACUGAGGAUUCGGACGGAGAAGAGCCUACCUCCCCCGUCGCCGCCGCCGAUGAGGUGGAAGUCUCUGGAGAUACCGGCGGUGCUGGUGGUUCCAUGUCUGUUUUGGAUGCAUUGAAAGGAGUUCUUAAAAUCGCCCUCGUCCACGACGGCCUAGCACGAGGUCUCCGCGAAGCAAGCAAAGCCCUUGAUCGUCGCCAAGCCCAUAUGUGCGUCCUCAACGAAGCCUGCGAGGAAGAAGCAUACAAGAAACUUGUCGUUGCUCUGUGCUCCGAGCACAAGAUCCCGCUGAUCAAGGUCCCUGAUGGCAAGAUGCUCGGCGAGUGGGCUGGUCUCUGCGUGUUGGAUCGAGAGGGUAAUGCACGAAAGGUCGUCAACUGCAGCUGCGUUGUUGUUCGGGACUGGGGUGAGGAGAGCCAGGAGCGAAGUGUGUUGUUGAACUACUUCCAGAGUGAGCAGUAA